AACGCGAACUUGAUGUAAUGUAGCUAACUUCAUUUUAUAAAUGUUCGAUCUCCUUCGACUACGUUGAGGCUUGUACAUUUUGGAGAUUACGCUUUUCGGUAAUUAUUGUUUUGCUCAUUGGAACAGUGCAGUUUUAUAUUUUAUUAUUCCUAUUCUAGUCAAAGAAAUGGCUCUAAGUGUUGCACUACCUCUAACUGGAUUGGAGACGGAAAAUUUCAACUCGUUCAGCUCGUUUAUAGACAUAGCGAGCUUGUCUCAAUCGCAGACAAGUCCUAGUCCGUCUGUCUCUAGCGAGUCUAGCGGUAUCGGCUCGCUGGGGUCACUCAAAUCCGAGUCAGUGAAUAGCGACUCCUUGCCUUCUAGUCCUCAAACUACAGAGAAGAAGGUAUUCGAACCAUUCGUGCAACCUCAACCACGUCCAAAGGAACAGAAGGCUGAAGAUAUCAAAAUUAAAUAUGAACAACGCGACGUUCUCAACCUAAUGGCUAAUCUCACCGAUUCCCGAUGGAAUUAUCGUGCGACAGUGCUGCCACCGAAGGAUCCCGCUCUGUUCUUUGCCAACCGCUCGCAGUAUCACCGGUUGGGGCCGUUUGGAACGCACACACAGUAUGUAAAAGAUGCUUGCCAUUUCUGUGGCUUCUCUUGGGUUGUAGCCGCCAAGGAUUGAGGUGACAAUGUAUCAACACAAACUUCAGAACAAACGAACGUUGAAUGGGUAUCACUGGGACACAUCAGGGUGCGUACCGACUUCUAUCUUCAAGUAGUUUGGUGCUUACAUUGCCAUACCCAUCCAGUAAAUCAACGACUACAGUUCUCUUAAACUGACGACUUAUCAUUUUACUUUUAAAUGAUAGGACACUCCACUUAUCUUUGGGAGUUUUUGUAUUUUCACAUAAUUGAGAUCGCUUUAAGUUUAGGAUACAAUAUUAGACUAAUUUGACCAAAACAUUCAAGUUCCUUCUCUCGGAACUGAGUUGUUGAUUUAGUGCAAUUUUUAAAUAUUUUUCUAUGACACAGUACCUCACUGCUGUGGCCCAGUUUUACAGAUGACUGUGGAAUAUGUAAGUGGUUAUCGUCCCACGUAUUUCGUAGAGUUACAUUUUGAACGUGACUUAAUACUGUGAUCUUAAUUUAAACAAAGCAAUUUUUGAAAAAAUUCUGUGAAACGUGAGACGAUAUAAAUUCGAUUUUAAUUUAUUUGUUUGUGUGAUACUUAUAGGCUUAAUUAUAUUAUAUA